UGGAAAAAUAUAUAUUUAAAAUAACUUAAAAACAAACAAUUAUCUUGAAGUAAAACAAUUUUAUAAUAAAAGUUCAUUACUCAUACUAUAAGUUCAAAUAAAUGUGUUCACUUGUUCUAUAUAAUUAUAAACAAAUAAAAGCCACUAAAAGUUAUGAUUUUGUUUGUUAAUUAAAAAUUAUAAUUAAAACAAAAUGGAUGCUGUUGAGGAACAACAAUUAGUAGAAGACGAUUCUGAGGUGCAUUUAGAUGAAGGAAAUACUCCGAUAAUUACUCAAAGUACACCUGAAGAUGUGCCAAAACCACAAUCUCCGAUGCCAAGGCCGUUGUUUUCAAGUGGAGAAACCAGCCAAUGCUCAACAUCAAGAUCGGGUGCAAGAAAUGUUGAUAGUUAUUCCCAUAUCCGACCUUGUGAUAGAUUGAUGUUUAUAAACGAGAGAAAACAUGCAAAAGAUGGUUAUAAGCCUUCUAUGCACAAAAAUCAGCAAAAAGAUAGAUUUAGCAGUUUUGAAAAUCGAGCAAUUAGACACCAUUGUUUCAUGUCAGACGCCCCGGAUGUACGAAAUUUAGAAAGCGCUUUGUUGGGACUUCUGGAAGAUUUUCAUUCAGGAAAACUUCGAGCAUUUGGAAAAGGCUGUAGUAUGGAACAAAUGACAGACAUUAGGGAACAACAAGAGAAACUGGCAAGGCUACAUUUCGAUCUUGGAACUGAUACGGAUUUGUUGGGAGCGAAUGGUGAUGCCAUGCAACAGUUGCUUUCGCAUCUUGAACAGCUAUCGGUUUCAAUUGAGAAGUUACAUUCGAGUAAUGAUGAAAAAGAGUAGUAUUAUUGUUGUUUUUAUAUGUUAUAUUUUAAAUUAAACACUAUGUGAUAAAUGUUUUAUAUGUGUUGUUAAGAAAUAAAUGUAUUUAAAUUA